AGAGAAUUUAAAUUGCUGGAUGGAACCGCGGCCUUCCGUUGAAAAGAAAAACAAUUAAAGGCGCGGUAACAAAGCAAAGACAUCACUUCCGCGUUUGGAAUAGCAAUGGCUUCUCCGUGUGUAGUGAAGGAUUCAGCGGGCGAGUACUUUUGUAUUUUUGAACAAGCUUGUGAAGCAUACCUGAACAGACUCUGGCCUGACUGGAAGACAAGUGAUCGAACAUACAUGUUCCCUCCAGCUUUCCCCUUUCGCUACACAGCUCCGACUGGUGCCGCAUCUGGUGCUGUUGGAAUAAGCAAGUCUGAGGAACUCGACAUCAAGGGCGAUUCUGCCGAGUUGCUGAUCUUUCGGUCCCUCGAUAAGUAUGGGAGAGAAACGAAUCAGCCAAUGGUCGUUAUCACAAAAUUUGAAUUUCAAGAAUUCAUAGACGAAGUUCUCCUACAAAACCUCCCAGGCGAUUAUGUUCAAUCUUUGUUUGCCGAUCUCAGCCAAACGGAUCUCUCUCGAGAAAUCGAUUUUCUCGUUUUUCACCGGCGUAUUGGUGUCAUUCUCAUUGAAGUAAAAGCAACAGAGAAGUUCAAAACCAAUCGAUAUCUUGAUGCGAAGAGACAACUUCAAGUUGGAGAAAAAUUCGUUCAAGCGCUCAUGAAAGCAAAGGGAAUAGACGUCCCUGUUUACAAAGUCGUUGCAAUGCCAAAUGUAAUCGACGAGGGUCGCAGUGUUAAAGAUUACAUUGAUCUCCGAAAGAUUCAUCUAGGUACAAAAGAUGAUGGUGAGGAUGACAAUUUACAACAUUUCGAGCUGUGGUGGAAAGAUCAUUUCACCAAGAUGUCUUUCGAGCAAGACGCGGAAAAGCUCUUGAGCCUGAUUUCCAUAUUUGUGGGUCAGAGAGCUGCAAUAAGCGCCACAACCCAAAUACUUAGUGCAGUGUUUAAAACCAUUGAUGAGCAAAGUUUUCUUGAAAAAAGCUACAAAAAAAUGACAAGAAAGGGAGCUUGUGGAUCUCCUGUGGUGGUAAGGCCAACUGAUACGACCGGUCUGAGCAUUCUGGCGAAACAGUUUAUGUUCUUAAACAUAGAGCAACUAGGGAUUUGGGAGGGACCGUUACACCAGUUCUUUUGCGGCGCCCCAGGAAGUGGGAAAACGAUUUUACUCCAACACAAAGCGUUGGAAUGUGCGAAGAAGAAUGAAAAGGUGCUUAUACUUGUGCCGCCACCACUUGAUAAGCUCUACAAUGAAUUCUUCACAAGAAACGAGAUUAUCAACGGAAUUAUUACAAUCGUAACAUAUGACAACCUAAGUGAUUUUCUCUCUAUGGCCCCGGAAGUACCAAUUAAUCUGUUCCAUAUCUUUGCUGAUGAAUUUCAAAUACUGCUUAACACGAAUGAAACCUUACUGGGCUCGUUCAGAGAAUUCUUGGUCCGUUAUCAAAGCAGUCUCUUCUAUCAGUGGAUUACUUAUGACGUCAAUCAGUUGUUAUUGGUGAAUGAGGUGUUUGGAAUGAAACGAACCAAAGUGAAUAUUUCAAGCUUUCUCACCGAGCUCUGUGAAAGGCAAAACUUUAUUCAUGCAUCGAGCCUCAUGACCGUUAUGAGAUGCACCUCAGAAGUUUACGAUUUUCUACAGCGUUUCCUGAAGUUUUCAUUUGGUGAACAGCCAGGCGGAUCUGGAAUCGCCCAGCGGUACUGGCAUCAUCCAGUUCAUCUUGGACACCACGUUUGUGGACCCCAAGUGAUUGUGGAGGGGAAAAUAGGUUAUGGAUCACGUGAAGAACGAUUCGUCGACUGUUCCAAGAUCAUCAAGAACGAGAUCAAUGAAUGGGCAAAGAAAGAGGAUGGAUUCUUGUAUCGUAAAAUCGCUAUCCUGGUGGCUGCUACAGGGUGGAUCGAAGAUCUCUCUCCCUACAUGAUUCAGGAAGGAAUCCCAGUUUGUCGCAUUGGAGACAGAGAAAAUGCAGUCGUUUUGGAUUAUGCAGAUUACGCGCGAUCGUACGAGUGGUCUGUUGUUAUUGCAAUUUGUGGCCACUUGAAAGCCAUGCAGAACUACAUCCCAGCAUCAAGGGCUGUGACCCGAUUACUAGUUCUUUGGUGGAAGUAAUGGCUAACACGACCUGCCCUCUUCGACUUGUGUCCUUUCUAAGAAGGAACAAGGCAUUUGUGUUUAGGUAUUAUUGACUGGCCUGUUACUGAAAAGUCUGUCUUGAUCAAUGUAGAAAACAGUGGACACUUGUAACUUCUGCAAAAAACAAACAAACAAACAAUGAAAGCUCCUAGGGGACAAAUGGAAAUGGAAGUAAUGCAGGGAAUAGAAAUGGAAUGGAAAUGGAAGCGGAAAUGGAAGUAAUGCAGGGAUUUUGCUAUUUAAAAUUUCUCAUUGCUAUUUUAAAGACAACAUUUUGCUUCAUUGUAUUAUUGUAUGCAAAAGUGUAAUAUCUUUUAAUAAUACUUUUUUACAUAUUUUUCAAAAUGGUCUGAGUUACUGCAGUGCUUUACUUUGUGAUUUCUGACACAUCUCUUAAACCAGAAAAUCAGUGCACUGAAUCAGUGAAUUCAUACGUUUGAUUACUAAGCUGACACAUUUCCAAACAUGACCAGGGGCCCCUUUCUCCAAAGUCCUGGUAACUUAUUAAUAUUUAAUAUUAAUGGGAAUAAUUUUGGCAACCUUGUUCCCAGGGUCCUCUCUCUUUGAGGCAGAGAGAGGAUCCUGGGAACAAGGUAGUAAUUUGUGUGAGGGAUGAAUUUUGUUAAAAUUUGUGUGUGAAAUGGGAUCACAAGCCCAUGGAACCUAUGCUCUACACGAAUAUUUUUCAAAAAUUAUUAAAUCAAGAGACUGUUUCCUCAUUUUUGUACCAACUUCCAUCUUUACACCGCAGGUCUGUCACAAGACUUUCAACAUAGAUAACACAGGUCUUGUGAGAGCUAAAGGUACAAACCUCUACCUAGAGGCCCACUGGAGAGCUGUAAUUUAACAAUUAUUCCACAAGCAUGCAUUGGAUGGCGAGAUGAUAGACAGCCGAAAGGCACAUAGUGCCGAGUUGGUUAUGACUGGAAUAAUUCGUAACUAAAAACACCCCCAAAAUAUUGCCAACUAACAUAAAACAGAAAUAAAAAUGCAUCAAAGUAGA